AUGAAGUCAUUCACUGCCCUCACCCUCGGCCUCGUGGCCGCUCCCAUGCUCGCCUCCGGCGCCCGCGUCAACCAGUUCCGUCGCGACUCUGGACGUCGUACCGUCCACGCCAUCCGCGAUCACCACCUGAGCGGUCACAGCAGCGACGACGUCAACGUCGUGGGCGACGGCAACGUCGUCGAGGACAGCAGCUUCAGCGGCCUCAGCAAGCUGGGCAGCUCCGGAGGCGACACCAACGUCAUCGGCAACAACAACAUCAUCGGCGGCGUGUCCGAGGUGGCCAACAUCAUCAUCAUCUGGGCCAACCCCGGAGGCGGCGCCGAGACCACCCAGAUCAACGAGCAGGUCACCGUGACCCAGACCGUCACCGCCCCCCCCGCCGCCGGCACCCCUCCCCCCCCGGCCGCCGCCGCCACCCACACCGUCAUCGUCGGCGGUGACGACCUCGUCUACAUCCCCGACCAGCUCAACGACGUCCCCGUCGGCGACAUGGUCAUCUUCCAGUUCAUGCAGCAGAACCACACCGUCACCCAGUCCAGCUUCGCCACCCCCUGCGAUCCCCUGGACGGCGGCUUGGACACCGGCUUCCAGCCCAACGCCGACAAUGCCGUCUCUCCUCCUCCCCAGGUUGCUAUGCAGGUCACCACCACCGAGCCUCUCUGGUUCUACUGCAAGCAGAUGGGUCACUGCGGAAAGGGCAUGGUCUUCUCCAUCAACCCUACCGCCGAGAAGUCUCAGGCCAAGUUCAAGGAGCUCGCCAUCCAGCAGGAGGGCGACGCUGCCCAGUCCACCCCCACCCCCACCCCGGCCCCCCCUCCUGCCAACAACGGUACCACCCUCGUCGGCGGCGGCACCGGCGCCACUCCCGGACAGGGCCUCAUCGGCUCGGACGGGAGCUGCCACUGUGUGGUCAGCUGCAGCGCCGGCGGCUUCCCCGCCAGCUCUGUUCAGGGUCUCGGCUCUAUCGGCGGCAUGGCCGGCUCUCUUCCCAUGGGUGACGCCAGGGUUUAA